AUCGAUUGAUUUGUGUUAACGCUGAAAUUUGAAUUUGAAAUUUUCAAAAUUUUUCUUUUGCUCCGCACACAAAAACGCAUAUAUUUUUUCACGCAUAUUUUUUGAGCUAAUUUUCUGUGUAUUUUGUUUUUGUUUACUGCAAAGCUGUUGCGAACCCGAUUUGUUUGAUCAAUGAUUGUGUUGUUUGUUUGUUGAAGUGGUGGAAUUUGCUGAUUUUCGCUGUUAAGGAAUUUUCUUUUGUGUCAAUUUGAUUUAGUUUCAUAAAUAUACGCGCACAUGGAGCCCACCAACGCGGGCGAUGUCUCAGCGGCAGCUGUUAAUAUACGACCAAAGAAUAUCUAUGGAUUGCGCACCGAUGUGGUGGGUAAUAUACAUUUCAAUCUGUAUCAGGAAGUCAUCUACCCUGUGGAGGGCGUGCUGGCAUUUCAUGACUAUGUGAGUAAUAAGCAGAGAUUUCUCAGACUGCCGGAGGGUGUGUAUCCGGAGUACAUAGCGAUGAGUGUGCAGCGCAAAUUGUUGGCGAUUAUCGAAACGUGUCCGAAGGUUGGCACCUCGAUCUCCGUUUAUGAUUUGUCAACGCUCAAGAAGCGACGCAGUCUACCAUUUCCGAAUGUCAAGGCCAAAGCAGCAUUUAUGGCGUUCACCUGUGAUGCCAAAACCAUUGUGUUGCUCACGAAGCCACCCGAGGAGACCUUAUAUAUGCUGAUGUUGGACAAGAGUAGCACCGUGAUCGAAUCGCGGCCCACGGUGAAUAUGGCCCGCGGCACGGUAGACUGCUUGGCCUGCAAUCCGCAAGAUCAUUGUCUUCUCUCCGUCGCCGGCGACGGUGUGCUGCUCUUAAUGACCAAGUCUGAGAAGGGCAUCAGCAUUAGCAAUAACAUUAAAGUGGAUUUCCGUACCACCUCGAUGGCUUAUAUUGCCGCCGAUUUGAUAAUGAUUGGCACUAGUCAUAAUGAACUGAUACUCAUCGAGAAUGGCGAGAUAAAACAAAGACAGAAGGCUUACGAUGCCGAUCUCAUCGAUAUCAUAUGGGAUCAGGAUUUAUUGAAUAAAGAGUUGGAACACAAGAUACCGACCGACAAGAAGCUCAUCGAUCAGCGCGUUCUGUGUUUGACCUCAUUUCCGCGCGGUUUCGCCUUUGCCAUGUUCAAUAAGGUGUUCGUCUUCGAACGUGUCUCCAAAUUCAAAUUGGAACGUAAAACUAUAUUAACCAUACCCAUUGGCUUUGCUGCCGAGCAAAGUUAUCAAAUUACAAACAUGGCGAUUUGCUCGCGCCAAGAGACGGUCAUUGUGACGACCAAGCAUGCGCAAAUCUACGUGGGCAUCCUGAUUGUGCCGGAGACUUUGAAGGCCAAGCAUUUGCAGUUUCAGCCGCUCGGUGCAUGGAUUCAUCUCUCUGAAAUCACCAGCAUGUCGGUGUGCGCUUGGAAGCCCAUCAUUAUGACAGCGUCACGUGAUCAAACUGUGCGCAUAUGGAAUUACGAAACAGAGAAGGUCGAAUUGGUGCGUAAGUUUCAGGUGGAUGUGAAUAUCGUGGAGCUCAAUUCGACCGGUUUGAUGGCCGCCAUCGGGUUCUCGGAUCAGCUGCGUAUCACACAAAUCUUCAUGGACGAAUUAAAUAUCGUUAAAACGUACAACUUCCCACGCUGUAAGGAUGUCAAGUACUCGAAUUAUGGUCACUUCAUGGCCGCCGCUUACGACAAUGUUAUAAGCAUAACUUCUGUUUAUAAUUUAGAAAUCUUAAAGCAACUCAAGGGUCACAACGGCAUAGUGCUCUCUUUAGCCUGGACAGCCACGGACAAGUAUCUUAUAUCGGGCGGUGCUGAGGGCGCCAUCUAUCAGUGGGACGUUGAGACGGGUACACGCGUACAGGAGAUUGUGCAAAAGGGCACCGAGUAUCGUUCGGUCUGCUGCACUUUCAACGAACCACUCUCCAUCUACGCCGCAACAAACUUUGGCGUGCUGCGCGAGUUCCAAAACUCGGAGAUCGUACGUGAGAUUGUUGUGCCCUCCAAGGUGCGUACACCACUAACGGAUAUGUGUUUGUCACGUUCGGAUCUUAUUAUGUUUGUGGGCAAUGAAUACGGCGAGUUAUUCAACAUACAACUGCCUUUUAUGGAUGCCGGCGGCGCUUCUUGUACGCUCUUUCGUUUCUUCACCAGCCAAAUCAAUAAGCUCUUCUUCUCGUACGACGGUACUUUACUAUUAGCGAUCUCGAAGAAUGGCACAUUAGCCAUAUGGGCGAUGGACAAUAUCGAGGGUAAAGUCGCUUCAAUGGAUGCAGAUUUGCUGCGCAGUCAAGAAGUACUUAUACCAAGGAAUAUACUACAUGAGAAGAACGAGCAAAUUACAAACUUGGAAAUCCGUUUGCGUCAACAAGCCGAAGAGUUUCAAUAUCAGCUGAGCCAGAAUGAGAUAUUUGACGGGCAGCAAUUGGCCGAGGUGCAUCGCAGCUAUUGUCAGGCGCUUGAGGAGCUGAAGACUAAAAACAAUGAAAUUGAACAAAGACACACUGAAGAGAUGAAUCAGAUUACAUUCCAAAUAAACGAUCUACGUGACGAGCAUAAGAAGCAGCUGGAUAACUUAGCGGACCAAUAUUCAGAACGUAUGUUGAUCGAAUAUCAGAAGUUUAGCAAUUUACGUGAGAGUAUGUUGGCGCUACGCGAGAAUUAUGAGGGCAAAAUGAAGACCUCUGCGGGCAUACUCCAGGACACAGUGGAGGGAUUAGAAACCGACUAUAAACGGCAGUUGGACGAACGCAAAGAGUUGAUACGUGGACUUAUGAAAGAGAUGCAAGACAAGAAGAUCGAAUUCUUCGAAUAUUGUCGCCGCGUAGAGGAGGAGAACGAUCGGAAUAUGGUGGAGAUGCAAUUGCAGUAUGAAAACAAACUGAACAACGAACAGAAUUCCACACAGUUGUGGCGUGGCAAAUCAGGUGUUUUAGAGAAACGUUACCAAACAUUAAGCAAUGAAAUCGAGAAAUUGCUCGAAGAGGUGGAUACAUUAAAAGAAGAGCAUAAUAAGUCACAAAAGAACAUCACACGUUUAUCGCGUUCCAUUGAUGACCUGCUUAAAGACAUUUCCGAUCGCGACUACGCGAUUAAUGCCAAGGAAAAACGCAUACAGGAAUUAUUGCAUAAGAAUCAGGAAUUGGACAAGUACAAGCAGGUACUCUCUCAUAAAAUCGCCGAACUCAAGGCACAAAUAGAACCACGUGAGUUCCAAAUAAAUGAUAAACGGAAGCAUAUACUCGAAAUGGAGAAUGAAUUGGAGGGUUUGAACCAGAACAAUAUACAAUUGGAGUUACAACUGAAAGAACUGAAGGACAAGUAUCUUAGUAAUGUGGAGGAGCUGAAGGUGGAGCGGCACCGUUCGCGUGCCGGUAGAGAGUGCAUUACUAGCAUUUGCAGUGAAAUCUAUUACGUCGCCGCGUUCGUCGAUUCGCCCAAGCGGCUGCAGGUAAAGGUUAAAGAAUUAUUUCAACGGCAUGCAAGCGAUGAUGAACUCAAACGGCAUAUUUCAUUGGAUGCCGAGGUGCGUGAUGAAUUUCAACGACAACGUGCACAAAUCGAGCGUAUAUUGAAAAUUCACAAGGAUCGUAAACCAAAUCAGGACGAGGCGAAGAAAUACAACAAGCUUUUCAAAGAAAAUGUCAUCCUGCUUAGUGAAGUGGAGAAACUGCGCGAUGAAAAUACGCUCUUACGCAAUCGUUUGAAGAAGGACAUGACAAAACCGAAGACAACAAAAUAGAGUUUCUAACUAUUUUUGGUUUACUUUUGGUAUAAACAUUUUCGAUUUGAAGAAGCAUUAUUCCAUAAAAACAAUUUAGAAAUUCAUGGUUUUGAUAAUUGAUAAAUUAAAACGUAUUUUUUGGUUUUUGAAUACUGUA